AUGUUUUUAAAUUUAUCAGACAGUAUUCUUGUAAAAUUUAGUGAAAAUUAUGCACAAAUUCAUGGUAGAAUAUUAUUUCCGUUAACAAUAUUCGGUAUAUUAGCAAGUAUCGUAACAAUAAUUGUACUUAAUAAAAAAAAUUUUCGAACACCAACGAAUUUAAUUCUACAACAUGUGGCAUUUUUUGAUACAAUUGUAUUUAUAUCAUACAAUAUAUAUUCAUUAUACUUUUAUAUUCUUCAUCAACCAAAUCCAUUUGUUGGUCAAUCUCAGUUUUGGCCAUGGUUUGCUAUCUUUCAUUCUAAUCUCGGUUUAACUUCACAUUCCAUAGGAUUAUUGUUAACCUGUCUACUAGCUAUUAUUCGAUAUACAAUAAUAUCAAAACCUAAACAAGUAGUAUUAAAUUCAACUCAUGUGACAAUUUUUAUUUGGUUCAUUAUUCUUUUAGUAUGUUUAUUAAUGAUACCUAAUUAUUUAAUAUGGAGUGUUGUUAGUCAACCAGCUUAUAUAUAUAUUCCUCAUUUAUAUACUAAAAAUUCAACGGAAAUAGUUUAUUGGGUUAGCACAACAACAGGUACACUAUUAGAAAAAAUUUCUUUUGUUAUAUUGGCGUUAUGCUUUAAAAUUUUACCUGUUUUCAUCUUAAUUGUAUUCAGUAUAUUAUUAAUAUUAAAUAUUCAUCAUGCACGUCAAUUACGUGAACGUCUUCGUCAUCGUUAUUUAUAUGUAUCAUCAUUAACACCGAAUUCAAAACGUGAAUUACGAACUACACGAAUGCUUGUAUUUAUAACAUUAUUUACUGCAUUUGUUGAAUUUCCUCAAGGUCUUUUUUUUAUUGCUAGUGGUAUUGAUAAAGAUUUCUUUUCCUUAUAUUCACAUUUGGGUGAUGUAUGGGAUAUAACAUCAAUUGGUUCAUCAUUUAUAACAUUUAUUAUGUAUUGUUUAAUGUCUCAACAAUUUCGUAUAGAAAUCUAUACACUUAUUUUACCAAAGUGUUUAAUAAAAAAUGAAAUUUGA